GGAGAACGAAGAAGACAAAGAAAUGGCAGAUUUCCUGAAGUCCAAAUUCCCGAGACAUACGAAGAAGAAAGGUUUACCAAUGAGACGGGUUCCAUCCAGGGCUCAGCAGACCUCCUCCCCCUUCGCUAAGACCGGCCUCACCCUGCUGAAGGAGUGCUGUGGAUUCACGUGCUCCAUUAUGUAGACUGAAGCCAAAACUGGAGGGCCUCAUGGCAACCCCCCUUCAACAAAAAAAAAAGAAAACCCGCCAUCUCACAGGAAUCCAUAAUUCCAUAUUUGGCUUUUCAGUCGGAGAAAGACUUUGACGCGUGGAUGGAGCAGGACAGAUGCUGAAGUUAAGAUUUCCCACAGGGAGAGAGGAGGGGGGGGGGGAUUUUGCAGAGAUAUUGUGGUGUGUUUUUUCAUGCAAAGACCCCAAAGUCUGCGUUUUGUUGGAUUUAUUUUCUGUGCUUGUCUCCUGUGUGUCUCUCAUCACACUAAUUAUUGCUGCUUAAGCUUCCUCUGACAACACAGUCUGAAAGGGGAAAAAAAAUAAGCAAACAUACUUUAUAUAUCUCUCUCUUUGAGGUGCACAGGAGGAGGGGGGGCGAGAAAGUAGAAACAGCAUAGCACAUGUCAGGGCAUGGAUAGUGCACACACUAAUUGGACUCAGUUACCAUGGCAAGCCUACAAGUUUUUUGAUAUUUAAAGAUCUAACCGAGCUGAAGUGUCACUGCACCGUUAGAAAAACAAGCUGUGUUUGCAGGAGCCAGUCCAGACACCCCGCUGGAACGUUAAAAGCAGAAUUAAAGAGAUAACACUAAUGAAAGUGGUAUUAAACGGGGUGUGUUAGAGUGAGGAUGCGUCCGGUUCGAUAGAAGUAGGUACGACCUUUGAGAAGGGGAACUACGGAUGUCUCUUCUCACUUUCAUUUCCUUAAAAAGACAUUUAACUAGCAUCUGUUCUACCAGUCUUCUCUUUACAGUUUCAUGUUUUCGCCGUCAAUUGUUUUGCUCAUUUUAGAGCAGCAAACCUGAAGCGUCAUUUAAAAAAUGUUGUUCUUGUGGAUGGUGUGGAAUUAGUGGACAAGCAUGCAGGAUUUUGUAAUUUCUCGGAAGAGGCGAGACAAAAAAAACAAAAAAACACAGAAAGUAUAAUGGGGAUGUAACCAAAGAUCGUCUACAGGAAGAAAAAAAAAAGAUCAUAACCAAGUGGUAUCCUCUGGGGUUGUGAAGUCAAUGCGGAGGUGAAAAGAACUGCAGUUCCUCUAGUGUCCACUUGAGGCUGGCUGCAAAAGACCCAGAAGCCCCAUACACACCCCAUAUUAUAUUGAAAUGUUCGUUCUGACAGCAGAAAUGAACAUGUUUACAGCCUAGUCUUUACUGGCAAACACAGUACAGGGACUGUUUUAUUUUUAUUGAAGGAUAAGAAAUAUGCAUGAGCUAUCUGACUGCUAGCAGCUGUGUUGUUAGCUGUGAGUCAGGAGGCGUAAGACCCGCCCCCCUCAGCUCCAGCUCUUUGCCUGUUGUUAUGUUGACCAGGUUUGAGAGAGUCAGCGUUUGAAUCAAGAGUAAAUGGACUUGAUCUUGUAAAGCGCUUUUCUCGUCUUCUGACUACUCAAAGCGCUUUUACACCGCA